GUGUUCCACUUCCCUGUGUGGACCAGGGCGUACCUCGCCUCCCCUCCUCACCACCCACUCACACUCCACUUCCCUCUGCGCUGCCCUGUGCUUUCUCCCCCCUUUCAUCCUCCUCUCCGGUGGAUUCAUGCUCAGCUCUCGCCCUCCUCGGUCGCCAUGCAGAACAACCACCACAAGGAGCACCUCUAUAAGAUUCUUGUGAUAGGGGACCUCGGGGUCGGCAAGACCAGCAUCAUCAAGCGGUAUGUCCACCACAACUUCAGCCCCAACUACCGAGCCACCAUCGGCGUGGACUUCGCCCUCAAAGUCCUCAACUGGGACCAGGAGACGGUGCGCCUUCAGCUGUGGGACAUCGCAGGUCAGGAGAGGUUUGGCAACAUGACUCGUGUGUACUACCGUGAGGCCAUGGGCGCCUUCAUUGUGUUCGACGUCACCAGGCCCGCCUCCUUCGAGGCCGUGGCAAAAUGGAAGGAGGACUUGGAUUCCAAACUGACACUUGCCAAUGGGAAGAAUGUAGCCACUGUGCUUUUGGCUAAUAAAUGUGACCAGGGCCGGGACGUGCUCAUGAAUAACGGAAUAAAGAUGGAGCAGUUCUGCCAGGAGAACGGCUUUGUGGGAUGGUAUGAGACAUCUGCCAAGGAAAACAUCAACAUCGACGAAGCAGCGAACUGCCUGGUGAAACACAUCAUCGCCAGCGAGAAAGACCUGCUCCAAUCAGAAGUCCCCGACACCAUCACCCCGCAGUUAGAGAAGGAUAAAGGUGGGACAUGCUCGUCCUGCUUCAGAUCCCAGUAACAGCUCCUGACAACUGGAUGUCCUUUUGUAUCUCAUUUACACACUAAGUCGAGUUUGUCUGUGAGCAAGAGGCAGAGGAGGAACUGCUUUGGCUUUUUGUGAGGAAGGAGGAAGGUAUGGGUGCCAACUUGUCUCCUCUCUGGUUGCCCAGGGUGUGUGUGUGAGUGAGUGAGUGAGUGAGUGAGUGAGUGAGUGUGUGUGUGUGUGUGUGUGUGUGUGUGUGUGUGUGUGUGUGUGUGUGUGUGUGUGUGUGUGUGUGUGUGUGUGUGUGUGUGUGUGUGUGUGUGUGUGUGUGUGUGUGUAGUGUUGGUUGACAAAGAGGCAGCUGGUCUAAGAAUUGGAUGGAUUGAGUCAGAGAGAGAGACAGAAAAGGAGACGGAUGCAGCUGUGUGCGCUUGUGAAAAGACAAGGUCACGCUCUGGGCAACUUCAAUCCUUGACACUGCCACUUCGGUUACCAUGGAGACACAUGUAACGUAACACAUGCGCGGAAAGAUUUCGGAAAUCACAGUACAUCUGUGAUUUGCAUGGUGUUAAUCUCCAUUUAUAAACCAUGGUAGUCUCCUCCUUUUUUCCUCCCUCCUUCUCCACUCUUCUCUGUCGGGGUGUUUCAAGUCAUUCUGACACAAACGUUCAUUCCUCAGAUUAAUCUCAAGCAGUUCAGCCUCGGUCCUGAUAUCACCACAGUUCUAUCACAUUGUUUCUUCAUUGCAUCACAUUGCUACGAUUUAUUUUACAUGGUCAUUUUUAUGGCUCUGUCCUCUGGGGCCAGUCCUGUUUUUUGUAAUGUACUGGUGUCUUCAGUAAUGUAAUGUACAGCAGAUUAUACUGAUGUAAUUAAAGUGCCUUAUCUGAUAAUGCCCGUUUUAUUUAAUGUCUCCAACAGAUAUAUUCACUAAUUAUUUAAUUUAUAUAUGCACUUAUAAAGGUAUAUGUAUGAUGACUUUCAUCACGGAGGUAGAAUCCAACUAAUUACCAUGGUAACCACUUGUAUGACAAACUGUUUUUAUCAAUUUUAGUUAAAUUGUUUUAUAUCAAAUUUCUAUUUCUUUGUUCAAUACAUGUCAUAUUUGUAAUUAUGGCAUGAAUGCAGAUAUAUAUAUAUACAAACAAGUACAUAUUUUAUACAUUAUAAUGAGACAGGUUAUAGAACCAAUGAUGUAUCCAGUUUUCAACAUGUUCAUAUGAAUAAACCACAGCUUUACUGAC